GAAAAGAAGGUUAUUGUUGCAAUGAGACGGGCAUCGGACUAUCGAUAAAGUGUGUUUGUAUGUCGUUUUCGUCGAUAAUAAGUGUUGUGUUUACUUUCACCCGUGCGAAUGUCUCAAUCCUUACCUUUUUGUUUGUUGUUUCUUUUAAUCACUGCCGCAUGGGACGGCGCUUACGUUUCAGUUAACCUUUUAUUUUGAAACGAUGGAACGUUGUUCUUAUGGUUUUUACACCAAAAGAUCGGAGAUAUUAGACAACAUCCAAAAGAAGAAAGAUCAGGAUAAGGAGCAGAUUCAAAGUGCUGGGUUCCAGCAGGUGUCAAAAAGCGAGAAGGCCGGAGUCGGGCCAGAGAAUGCGACUCCUGCAGUGACGCAGCAUGUCCCGGCGCAGCUGCUGUCCCCGCCCCCCGCGCCCGCGCACCCGCUCCAGCCCGCCGACAAGGACAAGACCAUCAAAGUAGCCAACUCCACCACAAUCACGCUCAUUGAGAACGGCUCUCUCAACACUGAAAAAGACAAAGACGCUAACUACCCUAAAAACUAUUUCACUCUAGAGCCAAAGAAUGAUAAAAAAGAUGACUGCAACAAAAAUAGUAUUACUAUAACUAGGACAGUGCCCAAACAAUCGCCCGGCCAGGACAAGUCGAAGGGGCAACAGAAGCCAAACAAGAGGCCAUUGCAGUGCUUGGAAACUCUCGCUGAAAAGGCAGGAAUCACUUUUGAGGAUAAAUAUGAAGCUGCAAAUACUCUGUUAGCAUUAGAUAAACAGAACAAUACCUUUCGGCGGCCCCCAGAACUAAAACAACCUAAGACAGAGCCUGAGAGUCUUGUUCAAAACGAGGAGUAUAGAUAUAGGAAUCAAAAAGAAGAGGAUGAUAAAUUACAGAUCCAACAACAAAUAAUCCAGCAGCAGCAACAGCAGCAACAGCAGCUCCAGCAGCAACUGCAGCAGCAGCAAUUGCAGCAGCAGUUGCAGCAACAACAGCAGCUUCAGCAGUUGCAGCAGCAAGCCUUGCAACGCCAGCAUCAGGCCAUACAGCAGCAUAUUAAAAACCAGCAGGACCAACAAGAGCUGUUGCAGAAGCAGUUCCAACAACAACAGCAGCAACAACAACAGCAGCAGCAACAACAACAACAACAGCAACAACAGCAACAACAACAACAACAACAACAACAACAACAACAACAACAGCAACAACAACAACAACAACAACAACAACAGCAGCAGCCAAAGCAAGAAAUACAACAAGUUACUCAACAGCAAGAUUUGCAACAGCAAAAGUUUUUGCAGGUGGUAAACAAUCAGCCGGUGCACACGCAACAGUUCAACGUGCCCGGCAUCGGCGAGAUCAACCUCAGCUUCCUCGCGUCCCCGCAGAGCAACGUUAACCUGCUCUUCGACAAGAGCCAGAAGGCCGGUAUGAGCGGCGACAUCAAGCAGCAACAGCAACUAGUAGACGGUCAAUCGCAAGUGGUCCAGCAGCAGAUGAGUAUGGCGCAGCACGAUCAGACGCAGCAGCACCACCAGACGGUCACGGUCGUCUCCUCCAUGCCCAGCUCCCUGGCCGCGCACCAGGUCCAACAACAACAGACAGCGGCGGGCAUGCAGCAGCAGACGGGCGCGGGCAUCUCUAGCAUGCCGCCGCUUCAGAGCUUGCCGCCCAACACGCAACACCCGCAGCAGAUCAGCGCUGAAUGGGGCCACAGCCGAGUGCAGGUGAUCCAGCAGCCGCUGCAGAACGGCACGUACUUGCAGCAGCUGUACAACGCGCAGGGCCCGCUGCUGAUGCCCGGCAACAUCCUGCACCCCGGCAUCAACUCGCAGCAGAUACAGGUGAUCGCCGCGGGCAAGCCGUUCCAGGGCAACCAGCUGGCACCACACAUGUUGACCGCGCAAGGCAAGCAAGUGCUUCAGGGCCAAGCCGCCCCGUUCCCAGGCUACACGACGAUCCCGGCGAUCCCCACGACGCAGAACCAGACGUUCGUGUUCAGCCCGCUCGGCGUCAUCAACUCGCAGCCCAGCCUGCUGCCCGCGCACUCGCAGCCCUCCGUCUCCGGCAUCUCGCACCAGCAGAAGACUAAUGAAAUGCAUAAGGCGAUGAGCGGCAGCAAGGUGGCGGGCGGCAAGGCGGGCGGCGCGGUGGCGAGCGGCGCCACGGCCAUGCCGGUGGCGGCGCAGUGCGUGCAGGUCUCGCAGCCCGUGCUCGGCGCGCAGCAGCAACAGACGCAGAUCAUCAGUCCAUUGCAGAGCGGCGGCGGCACGAUGCAGUUCGCGCCGUGGCAGAUCUCGGGCGCGCUGCCGCAGGUGUGGGCGGGCGGGCUGCAGGCGGGCGUGCCCGCGGGCCCGCUGCUCGCCUCCAACCCCAUCUUCCUGCGCGGCGCGCAGCCCGACGCGCCCUCCAUGUUCAUACAGCACUCGCCGCAGAACACGCAGCACCACAACGCGAGCGUGGCAUGCGCGACGGGCACGGCGGCCAAGCCGCGCGCGUCCACGGACGGCAUGGCCAAGGCGCCGCGGCCGCUGUCCACGAUCAUGCCGUCCGGCGCCAUCCGGCCCGCCUCCUCCGUCUCCACGCAGACCAGCGCCAACCAGGCGCAGAACCAGGCGAAGCACCGCGGCAAGCCGGGCGUGCGGUCGCCCGCGCCGGCCGCCAAGCAGGACGCCGCCAACCAGACCAACAAGAUGCAGCACCAGAUGCAGCAGCCCAAGCAACAGGUGUUACUGAUGAACUCGAGCGGGCAGAUGACGCAGAUCUCGAGCGUGCAGGACAAGCAGCCCAUCACAAAGACCAUCCAGCAGCAGGCGAUCCUGCAGCAACAGGCGUUGCAGCAGCAGCAGCAGCAGCAACAGCAGCAGCAGCAGCAACAGUUGCUGCACCAGCAGCAGGCGCAGCAAAUGGUGCAGCACUACCAGCAACAAGGAAUGACGUUGGGCAUGCAGCAGGGCUCGCUGCCGGUGGGCUCGGUGGCGCAGAGCCUGCCCAUGGCCGGCGGGAUGCAGACCAUAUCCAUGGUGCAGCAGAUACACCCGGGUGUGCAGCUGAGCGGCAUGUCGCAAGCGGGCACGCUCGUGGGGCAGCUGGGCGCCGGCCCGCAGGCGCAGGGCACGCUCGCGCAGGUGCAGGCAUUGCAGCAGCCGCAGACUCUAGUCGGCAGCGGGCUCGUCCAGACUUCAGUGGGGAUGGCGGUACAGCAACAGGCUGCUUUGAACCACUCCACUGCGAUGCAAACGGUGGGCGGCGGGCUGAGCUCUGCGCAGCUGACGCUGGGCGGCGGCGUGGGGCUGCUGGCGGCGCCGGCGGGCGGCGUGCUGCCGCUGCCAGCGCCGCAGCCCCCGCCCGCCGCGCUCGUGCACGUCAAGAGCGAGGACGACAAGGCCGCGCCGCAGUCGCAGACGCCGGUGCAGCAGAUAGCCCCGCAGCCGAUGAGCGCAGAGCCGGCGGGCGAGCCGGCCGCGGCGGCCUUCCCCGCGCCGCCCGCCUCCGCCGCCGACACCGCGCCCGCGCCCACUCCCACCGCUACCGUCGGUCCGGCUAGCGGCGAGUCAAAAGCGACAGAAACUAAGCAAGAGCCAGACGCGGCGGCCGCAAGCGCCCGCUGCCGCUCCUACGCCCGCGCCCGCCGCCGCGCCCGCGCCCGCUCCCUCCCCCGCUCCCGUACCGAGCAGCGCGCAGCACACCACACCUCCGGCGUCACAGGUGGUGACGACGGUGGCGCCGAGCGCGCCGGCGAGCACGACGGCGGCCGUCACCGCGCCCGUCUCCUCCGCCGCGCCGCUCUUCAAGAGCGCGCAGUGCGCGCCGAGACACAUCAGCCAGCCAGACAAAGGGCUACCAAAGCGAUGGUGAAGCCCAACAUCUUGACGCACGUGAUCGAGGGCUACGUGAUCCAGGAGGCCGGCGAGCCGUUUGCCAAUAAUGUUUUUAACCCGAAGGUGAACCGGCCGCUGCGCGAGUGGGCGGCCGACAAGGACGACAAGGAAAACAAGCAGCCUUCCAGCGACGAGCCCCCUCGCAAGCAGAUCAUCCGACUGCUGCCUGACCAAGAGAAUUAUACAGUAGUGCUCGCCGGGCUCAAACGCAAAAAGCAAAUGUUGGAAAGCGGGAGCAGUGGGCAUCACCACCUACCGCGCAUCAGUUCGUCGCACGAGGGCGACCGCGAGACGGCGAGCGCGCGAGCGGCGGCGGGCGCGCGGGCGGCGGCGGGCGCGGGGGCGCCGGCGGGCGCGGGCGCGGCCGCCGCCGUCAAGACGGAGGGCGCCGCGGGCGCCGAGCCCGCCUCGGCCGCGGAUGAUGCCGCUACCAAGCCGCAACUGCCCAAUGUCAACAAGUGGACGGUGGCGGAGGUGUGCGAGUUCAUCCGCAGCAUCCCCGGGUGCGCGGGCUACGCGGACGAGUUCCUGAUGCAGGAGGUGGACGGCGAGGCUCUGCUGCUCAUCCGCGCCGAGCACCUCGUCAUGGCGCUCUCCAUGCGGCUCGGGCCCGCGCUCAAGAUCGUGGCCAGCAUCGACGCGCUGCGCCCCGACUCCGACCAGCCGCACCACGACCACGACUGAGAUUUGCUUUAAGUCCAUCCAGAGUGGACACCUAUAGUGUUAAGUACUCCACAAGUUUAGUGAUGUGUUCAUAGUUAAUUGUCCCAAGAAACGAAUUGUGUAAAGUCAUGUGUAUAUAGGUAGUCUAAUGUACUAAUUCGUCUAUUAUAAAACCAUUGGUAUCACUCAUGUUAACACUAGUUCAAGUAUUAUAUAGGGUAUGUUGUAGAUUUUAUUAUAAUUUCGUAUUUAUGGCUAUUUCAAUGUUAUUAAAAAAUGUAUUUUUAAAUGAAUCUUUGGACGUAAUAUUAUUAGCAUUUAUUUAAUUAUUUAUAAUUAUCUUAGUAUACAAUCAAUCACUCAAGCUUUGUUUUUCAAACAGAUUCUUGGUAUAUUACUGCGAAUAUUGAAUUUAACAAGUAAUUCGUUGUGUUUGUGAGUUAAGUAUCCUUAGGUCGAAACGUGUUGCAGACUCCGCCCGGGCCACAGCGGCCGCGGCGCGAGUACUUCAGGACGAGUUGUCGAAAGUUCCGCCUAUUUAGUGUUAAGCGUCGCAUGCGUAAUACUGCACGUUAUGCAAUGCACCUGAGUCACCCGGGAGCGAACCCUCGCGGUCGCGGCCGCGCGCCGCCGUCCGCUUGAUGUCAUCGUGGUCAAUACCUCCUCGCGUGAACGCCGGUCAUUGUUUCAACCUCUCGACUUCAUUAUUCAGCUUCACCUUUCUCAUAACUAUACAAGAAUGAUAAUAACUUUAUGAUACAAAAGAAACAACAACCAUUCAUUUCGGCGAAUAUUUUGAAUAGCGUAGCGUGAGAUUUGCCAUAGGUACUAAUAGUUGCCAGGUAUAUACAUAUGUGCUAAUAUCUAUACGUUCUGUAGGUUCGAUUCAAACGAUUGUAAAGAUUUGUAACGACGGCCAGUAGGUAAUUAGCUAAUUAGGUAUUAUUUAAAGGGUAAAUACCAUUUCAUAUUUCAUGUCUCCUGUCAAAAACCGCUACUAUUCGCCGAAAUGAAGUAAUAAAACUAAUAAAUUUUAUGUUUCAAAUGUAGUAACUGUAUUACGUGUCGAUGGGCAAAUAAAUACCAUUCACUCGUGUCAGUGUCAAGAAUAAUAAAACGUUGCUUAUAUCGCCGAGUCGACUGGCUAAUCACAUCAGCUCGCAUAGGUAGCUCGGUAGCAGAGUUUAGGUGAACAUUAAGGCACAGAUCAUAGAGUACCUACUCAAUGCAGACGGUAGUGAGUGUUUGAUGUACGCCAAUUAUGCAGGUCGUCCAUCAGAGCAAUUUUCAUUGGUACUAGCAGACAGUAAAAACUAAUCCUGGUUUCGUUAUUGACAAGCUGUUGUGUGCGGUUACCUCAACUCUGGUGCUGACUACUAACACAAGUCGAACAUGCUGAUACGUGUGCGUUGUAUUUAUUUACAAGUGAAUUAAUUACAUUAGUAAAUAAUAAUACCUAUAAUUAAUAGUGUAAAUUUAAUAUUCUUAUUUCUGACAAAUAACUAUUUUAGAAUUUUAUUUAAUUUAGUAAGAAUGUGAUUCUAAUUGUACCUAUAUUUUUGUGUCCUCUUAAUAAAAAAUAAUAUGGGUCCUACCAAUGGUUUUCUGGUUGUAUACUAAAACCUAAUUUUAAAAUAUAGUUUAAAAUAAUUGUUAUUAAUUUAGUCGUCUUAAGCUUAAGUUUUAUAUUGCAAGUGCAAUUUUGUUCAUAAUCAUAUUUGGAAUAGAUUCUAAUUGUAAAAGAUAACUCAUGUCAUCUUAUGAAUAAUGCUAUUAAAUCGUGUAAUUCACCUUCCUAAAAUUCUACUUAUUACCAUGGUGCUAUGCUGUAUUACGUUGUGUGUUGAGUGACGGCUGUGUACCGCAGCCGGGAGAGUAGCGACGCUGCGGGCGCCGGGACUGCUUGAACAUCACGCUAAGCCACCAUUUGUAAAUUAUGACUUUCACGUUACAGUCGUUACGACCAAUAUAUCAACACAUAGGCUAAAAGUGGUUAUUAAAAUAAUACCAAAACCCGAUCAGAUGUAUAUAUUCAGGUGGUUUUUUGUAAGUAAUUAUUAAGGUCUUAUCGAAUGUACGAUUUUAUUAUUGUCUGUUAUUUAUAUUAGCAUCACUUCCAUGUGAAAUGGUAGAGAUGUAAGCCGAAAAAUAUAAGGCCCGCAUUUGUGGAACGCAGUUUGUGUGCCUAAGUAAGCCUUAAUCUAAUCUGUACGACCAAGAGAGUCUACCGACACUUUCUGUGCCAAACUUUUGCAUUUCCAUUCUAAAAGAACUUGCGCUUCACGUUUUGGACAGCGAAAGUGUUCAUUGUUGGUAUCGUAAUGUUGUUAAACUCAGUGUUGUAUGGAUCGGGGCGUCCCUGACGCGACCGCACCUGGUGCCUGUUCUGAACAGAGUCACCAACUGUGAGCUGAACUGACUGAAUAUUUGCGUCCUGACACGUUUAUUCGGGUACCGCGUGUGGUUGCCCAGCAUAGUUAUUAUUGUUACAUUUAUACAUAUUUGUGAUAUCAGUUAUAAAUAUGUAUGUGUAGUAAUUAGCUAAAUUAGUUUCUCUCUGUAUAAACAGUUUGAGCACUGUUACAGGAUCAGAUAGUUUUCAAAAUUGUAGCAUCAUGUCUAAGGAACUUGAGAAAGGGAUGUUCUAAAACAUACCUACAUACAUACAUAUAACUCACGAGACUGAAAGAGUCUAAACUAUUCAUAAGGGUUUUCAAAUGUCAAAGUUGGAUUUAACUGUAAUAAUACUCGUGUUUUAACCUAAUUGAUACAACACAGAGACAUGAUGAAACAAUUUUAAAAGUAUCCGCCGAUAUUUAUAAACACGUACAUACAUUGUACAGUACAGCGAGACAGGCUUGCCGUGGUUUCAUUCUACAGUGUCGGUCUCGCUGGCCACAUUAGGCGGUCCCGUUUAUGACAACUACUUUGCUCAAAAUGUUACUGAAGGAGACGCUCACGACGAAAUUAGAAAAGAAUAAACAAAUAAGACUGAUAAAAA